CUGAAACCUAAUUGAAUGAGUAGCUGCCACGUAAGCGCAACGUAGGAUAUAUAAGAGAUAAUUAAUUUUAGUGUUGUUCUAUAAGCCAAGCUGGGGGGCAGUUUGCUGUGAUCGACGAUAGAACAACGGAACACGUAAUAUGAUUUCGAUUAGGAUUCUCUUUGUCCCGCUAGUCUUCGUGAGUUUAGCGAGAGAAGCUGUGAGCAGUCCCAACAUUGCCAGCAAUGCAACAGACUUACAGAAACGCGACACUCGUCUCAAUACCAGAAAAAACUAUCCUAUCCCAUACACACAUGAAAUCAUGUUUGAGACAACGUUGUUCCCUGUUUUUACAAUUGAAGGGAAGGUGAACGAUCAAGCUCUUAGGUUUACCAUUGAUAUGUGUGUAGAUCAUCCCUGUCUUGAUAUCAGAGCCUUCCAGUUCAGUGUACAAUUAAAUAGACGCCAAGUGGUCAGGUCCCACAAGAUAGGGAGAGGUCAGCCUUGGUCGAAUCAGGAAACGUACGGCAUCAUGCCUUUCACUCGAGGGAAAUCCUUCAGAAUGAAGAUUACUACUGACAGUGAAAAGUACAGAGUUUAUGUCAAUGAUCAAUUCUUCUGUGAUUACAAACAUGCAGUUCCACUUCACACCAUUAAAUUCAUUAAAAUUGCAGAGAGUGUCAAACUCAAUAGAUUUUCAGAGCAGAUUAUCACUCCUAUUGCCUUUGACCAUCGAGGACCUGGACAGAACGCUACAUCUCUCUUUUUGACAAAAAGCCUGAAGACGGGAGAUAUUAUCCAACACUAUGUCACAGUUAACCCUGAAAUUUGGAGAUAUGGAUUUAUAUAUUUCCAGCUUAACUUGUAUGAAAAAACGGACAACCCGGUGGAGUCAAAGAGGCAUGUCGGCUUCCUCUACAGAAAGAAUGGACAAGGCACCUUGACCUGUUCAAACACUGCCAGACAGUGCUACGAACGCAUUAUAGCUACCCCAGCAAACAUCUUCCAGCCGUUCACGUUCUCGUAUGAAAUAUUUCCAACAUUUGUUAAGGUCUACUUCAAUGAAGAAUACUCUAACCAGCAAGCUGUGUUUGAUGCCAACCUGAAUAUGCUCUUUAUGUUUGGAUGUUUUUUGAACCACACCCUGGAGUACAUUCCUUCACCUUGAGAUGAGACGUCUCCAAGCCGAAACACAUUGUAGAAAUUCAAUCUUUACAGAAGAAAUAGGUUU